UCCUGUCUCUUACCUGCAGUCCCACAAUGCCCAGCGCCAGCCACGUCUUAAUCAUUGAAUGUUGACAACCUUAGUUAACUUAAAGAUGCACUGAUUUGAACACGCCAGACUGGAAUUUGCACGACCUGAGACGAAAGGAAAGAUGUCGAGGAGGAGUGGAAGUGUUGUGAAAAUUAUCAUCUACGUGGCGGUCGGAGUUUUAGGCCUGUACGGAUUUUAUUUAUACAGUGAUCUCCAGGGCCGACUGCAGCAAACUGAGAAAGAACUGAGCAAGUAUAGAUCACAGCACGAGUCGGUGUCGGCGCAGCUGCAGGUUGUAUUUGAACAUAAAAGCCGCCUUGAAAGAUCUCUAGAACAAGUGAAAACUGCUCACAAACAAGAAAAAGAAGAAAUUGAAGCCAAAAAAUAUGAAGCAGACCAGAAGCAUGCAAAGGAGCUCCAGGAGCUCCAGAAUAAGUUUGAUUCCACAAACCAACAACUUAGACUGUUGCAGGGUCAACAUGAAGACCUCCAGUCCCAGUACCAGAGACAACAAAGCGAGAGAACCAAGCAGGAGGAAGACCACAAACAGCUCACAGAGCAGCAUAAUCAGGAGUUCCAACAGCUGAGACAGGAGAAAGAUCUGGAAAUUGCACAGCUUAAAGACCAAAUAGCAGACUUGAAGAGAGAAAAAGAGAGAAUACAGCUGGCACUAUCGGCUGGUAAUCAACAGCAGAAUAAUUUACAGACCCAACUGCAGCAAGUGCAGGCAGACAAUAACAAGUUGCAGGCACAGGUUUAUCAGUUGCAGACUGAGAUACAAACCAAGAAUAACCUUACUGUAACCUUACAACGGCAAGUCUCUGAACAGCAGCAGCAAUUGCAGCAGCAACAACAGUUACAACAACAACUACAACAACAGUUGCAGCAAACCCAACAGCCACAAGCGGCACAACAACAAGCGGCACAGCAACAGCAGCAGCAAGGACAGCAGCAGCAGCAGCAACAACAACAACCAGGCAAUGUCCAGCAAGGUAUCAAUUCAUUUCAACUGAAUACUAACCAGCAACAACAGCAGCAGCAACUUGGCUUAAAUCAGCAACAGCAACCCGCUAACUUGAACCUGCAACAACAAUUUAACCAACAGCAACAAGGUUUUAACCAACAACAAGGUUUAAAUCAACAACAAGGUUUGAACCAACAACAACAGCAAGUGCCAGUUUUUAACCCAAAUCCUAUUUUUAAUCCACAGCAACCAGGAAUCAAUCAGCAGCCAGGUCAGGCUGCCCAACAACAGCAACAGCAGGGGGCGCUUCAGUUUGAUAGCAACCAAGCUAAUGCCUUCUUCAAUCAGCAAAGACUUGGAGGAAUGGGUGCUGCCAUGAGUCAAAUCACAAAGCCAGCCCAGCAAGUUCAAGGUCUGGGACAAGGUCAAGGUCUUGGGCAAGGUCAAGGCCAGAUGAGCUUUAAUAUGGGACAGAUGGGCGUAGAAAAGAAUCCAGUUGAGGUCAGAGAGCAGGUGCUUCCUCCAAAGUGGAAACAAGAAAAAGACCUGGAGCCGAAGGUUCGCAAACCCAAGUCCAGCUCACCAGGGCAAGAUAAAGAAGAGGAACCACAUAAGCCAGUGUUAAAAGCUCCUGGCCAGAUACCUCCAAGAAAGCCAGCAGGUGAAGACCAUGACAUUCCACAUAAGCAAGAUAGUGAUAAUCAAGAUAAGCCAAAGGAGACACAAGGGCAAGCAGGACAGGGAGUGGACUUUCCUGGACAAGUGGCUCCACCAGGUGGUGGGCACCAAGACAAAACUAAAGAAUCUAACCAAGGCAAUGAGGAGAAUAUAUUAGCAGCACCAGCAGACCAAGGAGAUAAUGAAAUAGACAGUGAUCUCUCAUUAAAACACCAGGAUAAAAUUGGUCGGGAGCCACUUCCCAAACCUGUGCUUCCAGUACCAAAUGAAGAUAGUCAACUUAAAAAUCUGAAUGAGGAAGCCAAAAAUGAGGCCAAAAAAGAGGGCCCCGUGCACCAGAUACUGGAGCCCCCACAGCGCCCUUAUGUUGAUUCCCCCAAAGAGGCCCCUGCUGGUCAGAUGGAUGUUCCUGGGGGACAUGAGGGAGAGGAUGGGGAGAAAAAUGAUAAAAAGGACGUCCUCCAUAAUGUGCCACCAGACCAGUUUGUAGACCUGCAUGAUCAGCAGGACCAGGGCCAUGACAUUGAUGGACAGAAAAAUGUGGAACAUCACGACCAUGAAGAUGUGGACCCAGACCAACGAGACUACCCUGACAAACUUGGGAAUGAGGACGGCGGGAAGGAAGAUGACGAUAAUUAGGUGCUGCUCAACUUUUAAAAAGUAGACAAAGUCAAACUAUGUUUGUUUUCUAUUUCAUGAUAACAUUGCAAAAUGUUAUUUUCAUUGUUGUUUUUCUGAUAGAAUGGUAAUUAGAAAGAAAGUGGGAGAUAUCCAGGCAAGAAUGGUUCAAAGUACAAUUUAUUUUAUUAUUUCUUUAUUUUUUGGAAAGGUGGCAUAUUAGCUUAAAAUUGCCCAUCCAAAAUUUAUUGAGAUCCUGUGCAACAGAAAGAGAUGUAUAAUUUUGGAAUAUUUGCAAACUUUUCAUGUUAAAAACAUGCAUAUAUACAAAGUAUUCACCUGUCUGUAUGCAGCAAAUUUAGAACUCUGAAAUUAUUGAACAAUUUUUACGAGGUAAGGUGCGAACAGUUUUCCAUAAAAACACCAAAGUUGUUUUGAGACAAGUCCCCAGGCAAUAGCUUUAAGAUGAUACUGUACGAUGAUGCUCUUAAUUCAUUUCUUGGAAGACAAAUUAUCACCUUUGUUAAGGUCUGCAAAAUGCUGGUAGACUAUUUCUGUCCUCUUAAAGGCUAUUGACAGGGCCACUCCAUGGGAAUUUCCUUCAAAAUAAAUUUUGUGGAUUAGGGAGUAAUUUUUCCUACUCUCAAAUUAUUGCUUGACCUGUUCCUGUACUUUGAAUCAAUACUUUCCUCCAUUUUUAAUUUAAAAUUGAUGUAUGUAAUGAUUGGCCAGUCAAAGUAACGACAUCUGUCUUCACCUGCAUUGCCUCGUUUUCACACAAGAAAAUGGCGGUGUGUUUUGUAUCGUGGUCCUGUGCUGGGUACCAUGCAUGCCAAAGGAGGCUGCAAAGAUGAUAAAGAUGCAAGGAACCUCUCAGAUAAACAGAUAAACUUUUAUAUAGAGAGUUUAAUUGGCUUGAGAGUCUGCAUUGGGAAAUAUAAGAAGCUUUACAGGCCAUAAAUUUGACUUUUUUUUUUUCUUACAAAUAUGUGGAGAGAACUUCUAGAAAUUCAUUUUGGUGGGAAAAAUCUCAUGGAGGGGCCCUUUAAAUUAACAGUCCAGUAUAAAUGUUACACUGAUAAUGACAGAGAAGAACUCAUCUUGGGUUCUAAAUCAUGUGGUGGGCUGAUAUGCAAUUCAUGCAUCAGCACCCUGGGUUUCAAAGACUUCAACUACUCUAUAAUCAACACACUGGUUAUAGGCUAUGAAAUGUUGUGUGUGUCUACUGAGUAUUAAAAAAGUCUGAAACUCGGGGUGUUUGGUUAUUUGAAAACUUUUCUCAUUGUAAAAUGUUGUCAGUUACCUGUUAUUUUGAAGUGUUAUACUGUUUGUAUAUUUUAAGUGUUUAUCCAAAGGUCAUUGUCUUUGCCCAGCAAACUUUUGUCAAUACUGUUAUUUUUUUUUUAUUUA